AUGAAGAUUCCUUUAGUUUUUUCAGCUAUUGACAUACUGGAUAAGGACAAUUCAUCCCUGAAAACAAAAAUCCAGAAAAGUAAUCACUGUGGUCAUUGUCAAAAAGAGUGGUUUAUAUAUUGCAACACUUGCUAUCACAUUAGCAUUGAAAGAAAACCAUGCAAUGAGAGUUUGACAGCCUGCGUUUCUAAGAACUCUAAACUGCUCUACAUAGAUGAUGAAGAAGAAAUGUGUUUGUUCGGUCUCCUCAUUCGUUCUUCAAGCAGAGUUUUCCAGAAUAUCAAUAUUAAUUCAUCACUGUGUCCAAAAGCCUCAGCCUUCUUUCCUAAAGUGUCGUCAGUUUUUUCAGCAAUUGUCAAGAAUUAUCCAUUUUUCAACUUUGACUCAAACAUAAGAUAUUUUGAAAACUGCUUAGAUCUAAAAAUAUAUGUUUGUAAGCAUUAGGCAUUUUAGUUACCUAAUUUUGGUAUAACGCUAUCUUACCACCUAUAAAGAAGAUAUUUCUCAUUUUUUCAAAAGGCAUAUAAUUUUCCCAGAUAUUUUUCAGAUACUAUUUUUAGAACAAUUUUAGUUCACAACAUAAUUAAGAAGAAGGUACAGAGGUAUCCUCCAUUGUCCCCGUACACACAUGUGUGGCCUUG